CGCUCACUUGGGCAGUGGCGAGGCGGAGAGACAACCCCGAGCCGAUGCCAGGGGCUGCCUACCUGCGCGGGGCGCAAAGAUGAUGGCCAUGAACGCCAAGCAGCCGUUCGCCAUGCACGCCGCCCUCCAGGAGCCCAAGUUCUCCAGCCUGCACUCCAGCGCAGAGGCGAUGCGCAGAGUUUGCCUCCCGGCCCCGCAGCUGCAGGGCAAUAUAUUCGGGAGCUUUGAUGAGAGCCUGCUGGCCCGCGCCGAGGCUCUGGCGGCCGUCGACAUCGUCCCGCACGCCAAGGGCCACCACCACCACCCCUUCAAGCCGGACGCCACCUACCACGCCAUGAGCGGCGUCCCCUGCGCCGCCGCCGCCCUCCCGCACCCCGCCGCGCUCGCCGCUCACCCGCACCCGCUCCCGCACCCGGCGCUGGACGGCGCGGACCUGCUGGAGCACCUCUCGCCCCCGCUGGCCGUCGGGGGCCUGGCCGAGCCGCCCGCCCUGGCCGCGCCGCUGCCGCCGCACCCGCUGGCCGCCGCGGGCCCCCUGGCCGUGGGCGUGGGCCCCCCGGGGGGCCCGGCGGUGCCGCCCGCCGCCCCCGAGCCAGAGUCGGACCCGCGGGAGCUGGAGGCCUUCGCCGAGCGCUUCAAGCAGCGGCGGGUGCGGCUGGGGGUGACCCAGGCCGACGUGGGGGCGGCGCUGGCGGCGCUGAAGCUGCCGGGCGUGGGCUCGCUCAGCCAGAGCACGAUCUGCCGCUUCGAGUCGCUGACGCUGUCGCACAACAACAUGACGGCGCUGCGGCCGGUGCUGCAGGCCUGGCUGGAGGGCGCCGAGGCCGCGCACCGCGACCGCGCCGCCGGCCCCGACCUGCUGGCGGGCGCCGAGCGCAAGCGCAAGCGGACCUCGAUCGCCGCGCCCGAGAAGCGCUCGCUGGAGGCGUACUUCGCGCUGCAGCCGCGGCCCUCCUCUGAGAAGAUCGCCGCCAUCGCCGAGAAGCUGGACCUCAAGAAGAACGUGGUGCGCGUCUGGUUCUGCAACCAGCGCCAGAAGCAGAAGCGCAUGAAGUACUCGGCCGUGCACUGACCGCGCCCGCCGUACCGGGCCCGGGCCCGACGGCGCGGCCGCCCCGCGCCCCCCGCCCCGCCGAGGCGCCCGGCCCCGCCGCCCGCCGUGGGACCGGAGCGGAGCGCGGCGGCGGGCGGAGGGGCGCGGGGCGGGGGGCCGGGCCGGAGGACGCGGCGUUUCCGCGGUUUCCCGGACUCCGCUCCGCGGCGGGAAGAGCCGUCCCGGGCAGCGCCGCCGAGCCCCGCUCCCCGCCGUCGGCCCGACGACCCCCGCCCCGUCCCACGCGCGGAGCUCCGCGCCAGCGCCGCUGCCCCUCCUCUGGAAUAAAGCUUUAUUUUUCAACCCGAAGCGACGUGUCUUUGCUCGCCGCCCCGAGCCGGCAGCGCCGGCAACACCGAGGAAAUCAUUUGCGAGCGCAAAAUCAACGAAAAGCCUUCGGCGGGGCGACCCCUCCGCGAAAGGGGACGAGGCCUCGGCCCGCCGGGUCCCCUCGGAGCCACUAGCGCCCGCGGAGCGUGCCCGGCGGCCGCCCCCGCGGGCUCCGCUGCGCACCGGGGCGCGUCCCGCCCGCCGGAUGGAAACAAAGUCUCCCUCAACAAAACCUAUCGCAGGCUCAUUUCUAAUGCAGUUUAAAAGGGGAAAAGGCUUUUUAUUUACGAUUCCCAGAAGCACCUUAACGAUUAAAAAUUAAUGAUCGAAGCGCGAGCCUUCUCUGAAUAUUUCACUUUAGCAUUUUAAUGAAUGACAAACAUCAAACCUGAGAAGCGGGUCUCACUCUCCUCCCCCAUUGGGGAAGGACCUUACAGAUUCAGCCUUUUAAUUGCAGGUCGCCGGGAAGCCAGAACGCUCCCUCGCUCCAUGUUUUUCCAAUCAGCCCCAAUGAUUUUUCCCCAAUCAAAUGUCCUUAAAUAAUAAAUGCCCUUAUGCCAUUACAUUAUAUUGUGGGUUCUGAAAAUUUAAAAUAAGGGUGAUGCAAUAUUAAUCAUCUACUGUAGUAUAUAAAAGGGGCAGAAGGCAACUCAGACGGCGCCCUUCCCCGCCGCCCAGCUGGACUUCGCCAGAUGCUCUCGGCCGCCCGGCUCCCGGUGCCGUGGGCGGGGGGCUCGGGGCGGGGGUUUUACCCGAACCAGCCAGCAUGCGACGGAAAUAGCUCGCACCUCCUGAAGCUGUCCUCACAUGGGAUUAUUAUCAUUAUCUUCCGCGGUUUGCGUUAAGCCUCGUCUGAGCCUGACUUGGCCUGUGUUCAUGCCCACGGCUGCGGUGGCCGUGUCUUCUUGUCUGUUCCCUUCUGAAAGGGAAACGGCAUCGUGCGUGUUCUUACCGUGGCAAAGGUGUCACUGCACUUUUACUUUCUGUGGCUGUUCUGGUUUUCCCUAGAGCUCCUAUGUUUUUUGUGACAAUUUUGUACCUGUCGCUUUUGGCUUGAUCCAGAGAAUGACUUAAAGAUGCAAAACAAGUCCCAAAUGAACGUUCACGAACCUGCAGUUACUGCCCCAGCACAAUGCUCCUGCCCCUCCGCUGUGCUGACCAGGCGCCUGCUCCUUCUUGCUCGUCCUCGCUUAUUCCCGGUUUCGCUCUGCGUGGAGAUGGUGCUGCAGGGACUCUGCCCAGGUUUCGCUCUUUGCCAGUUCUGGGUUUCUUUUCACUUUGCAUGUUCAGGUUUGUGCCUUGCUCUGCCCAGGUGCCACAUACAGGACCUGAUCACUUCUGCUGGGAUUGUACUUUGGAGGUCAGGUACAUGGUGUUUCAAUCACUGUUGGUGCCUUAAUCUUUCCCUGGGUUUGGCUCCCAAAGCUCUGAAGCUGGAUAAAUACACUGUGAUACAGGAAACUCAUCUGAUCUUCCUGGAGCUGGGAUUAAGUUCCUUCGGCUUCAAUGGGAAUAGUUCAGAACUGGUAUUUAUUGCUGAGGAGGCACAAGGAAGCAGCCUGAAUUUUCUCCUUGGUGUAAGGAGUAGUGCCCUAAAGGCAGCGCCGAGAGGCGGGGGGAGGGCUCAGUGGGACCCCUGCCCGCAGCAGCUCAGGCCGGGCGGUGCAGCCCCCCAGCCCCACCGUCCUCUCUGCUGCAAGCGGGGGCAGCUCCAGCUUCUCUGCCCCCUCCACAAAGCCAAAGCACAGGCUGGUUUGGCUUCAGCUCGGAACUACAGAGGGAGUUUUGCUGGCUGCUGCUCUUAAGUGGUAAGAUAUGUAUUACGACCCUGGGACUCUGUGCCCUGGGAUACAGACAAAUCCAUUCUGUGCACGAGGCAUCGCUCGCUGCUCGUUAUCCAUUGUGCUCUUAAAAGGAUUCAUGGCAAACCGCGUCCGGCCAAGCUGCCGCGCGAACCUGGUGAGCAGCUGAUCCCUCCAGGUGUGUGAGCAUCAAGACUCAUUUUGUGGAGGGCUGGGGCUCCUCAUCCUGCUCUGUGGGACCUACCCUGGGACACUUAAUUCCUCAACAGCCCCCCACAAACCCUCCUCCCGCAGGUAAAACAAGAAAUGCAGGCCACAUGUGCUGAGAAAUGGAAUUCCCUUGUAGUGGCGGCUGGGGAAGGGGAAGGUGAAACUGCCGGGCUGGGGGUGGGCAGGGAGGUGCCCAGCAAACCCGUGUGUGUGAGACGAAGGUUCCGCAGGCAAACCCCUCUCGGUGGUUUUUGAAACAUUAACAAUUGAUUUAUUAUUUUUUUUCCCCAUUCUGUGCUCGUUCCUUGAUAUCCUGUUCUCUGUCUCCUGGGGACUGCACACGAGAGAUGAAAGCACCGAAAACCAAACAAGCCAUUGGCAGUGCUCACUCAAUUGAUUUUUACACAAAAUUUGCCUUCAUGCACGAAGGAUGGAAAAAUGAUCCCAUUAAUAAUGAAUAACAAAAACAAUUGCAGGGAGGAAAUCAAUAGAAGCACAUCUGAUAUCACGGGAGCUGGGAGGGAGCCCUGGUACAACAGCCGGCGUGGGAGGGGGACGGGGGGGCACCAGCCUCGGGACGGGGCAGGCGGGGACGCGGCACUGGGGGCUUUGGGGCUGUGGGAGGUCGGGGGGCUGGAGUGUGCGGGAGCAAGGCAGCUGCUGCGGUGCAGAUGUGACUGGUCACAUCUCCGAGGCUGAAGGGUCUGGAGCCGUGCUGGCUCUGACCCCCUGGUCACUGCUCUCUGGGCGCCUCCAACCCCCCUUUGGGGUCAAACGUUACGUGUUCUUUCUCUCCAGGGGCACACGGGGAAUGGGGACGUGGCAGGAGCUGUGUCACCCAGCCCAUGGCAGUGGGGGCCAUGGGGAUGGGGGGGAGAGCAGACACCCCUGGUGCUGCCUCCCACCCUGCCUGGUGCGCAGCGACAGAGCCUGGUCCUAAUGCGAGUUAUGGUUUAUAAAUGUUUGAAGAGUGCAAUAUCUCUCAAUUUACUCCCUGUCAUAACAGGAAAGCUGGGAGGGAAACCAGGGCAUCAUCUGCCAAAAGAGCAAAGCAUUUGGGUAGUGCGAGGGCACUAAAUAAUUCAGUACCUAUUUAUAAGUCUAGUGUUUUGUAAUUUCAGUGGAACCAUCUUGGUUUGACUCCACAUGUCUUCACACUUGAAGGAGAUGCUCCCAGCAUGCAGUUCUGGGAAGGAGACAAGGAGGGAUUGCAGCCGGUCGUGCUGUUCACACAAGAUCUGUGCAGGGCCACGUGCAGAGCUGCGGUGCCUGUGACAGGCAGAGAACAUCCCUUUCAUCUCCCCCGUUUGAAACCCUGCUCCAGAGCUACCUGCGGGACAGCGCUGCACAGUGCACCCAAAUGCACUGUAUAGUUCACACAACGGGAAACACAUAAAAGGAUGUUAUGCCUAGAAAAAUCAGGAACGUAUUUGGGAGAAGGAUUACGUUUCCAAACCCGCUGUAUCACGGGUGGCUAAGGCAGCUGCAGCUGGGCACCCCACAUCAGCCACCGUUUGCCAGAACCUCAGGCAUCUUUGCAUGUCGCCCGGCAGGUCUCUCGGUUGGGUGCAGUCGCCCACAGCUCCCGAUGGGCUCUGCUGGAGCAGCCCACCCAGCCCGGCCCUGGGCCUGAGCCCCGCGGCUCCUGCGAGGCACCUCGGCACCUGCCAGGAGGUCCCUGCACCGCGGUGCUGGUGUCCCUGUCCCCAGGCAGCGCUGUGCCGCGGUGCCACCGGCCCCUGCGCUCGCCAGCCCCGGCGCUGCUCCCACCGAGCCUGGGGCUCCGUCCCUUGCAGCCCUGCCCGCAGGAGCGAAACACGCCAGGGGCUGAGUCAGAGAUGGCAGAUGAAGUUGGAUAUCUCAGUUCUUUCAGUACAUGCCUGUUUUUCCCCACAUGCCAAAACAGAUUAGUCUACAACCGUUACCACAUGCCUAUGAAAAAAUAAAGCAAAACUCACAGAUCCUCCUUUAAGUAAUGUAGUGAGGACAUAUA